AGACAUGCACGAUUUUGAAUACGAUGCAUACGGACUGAACAAGUGAUCUCAGUGCUCUGCAUAUAGGAUUAAUCAUGACCAUGAUGACUCGUUCCCAUUUAUGUUUCCUACUAUAACUAAAGAUUUGUUAUGUUCCGAUGACAUAAGCAUGUAACAGAUAGCGUGCAAUCUGGAAUUGUUGCUCAGAUACGGGGAAUUAACCUGUCCAGUACCAUGUUAGUACACUAAUCGCGUUUACAAUUUUUAUCAGACUGAAUGAUUUUGUAGCUUGGUGCACGAAGGAGCCGUUAGAACUCAAUAUGGCGUCUGCUCCAUCUCCGACAAUCGAAGGACGUUUCCAGAAGUGUCUAAAACCUGGUCUCAAUCGCCCACAUGAUGUGAUCUUUCACCAAGGCCAAUACAUCGUCACCGAUACAUUUCACAACCGGGUCAUAGCAGUGAAUCCAGCAGACAAUUCUUUAGAGGUCCUCUGCGAAAAGAAGCAAGAGAGAUUGUCAUCGAAUAUGAGGCCUUACGGGAUCGUUGCUUUGUCGGAUUCCAAGCAAGAUUUCCUCAUCACCGACGCAGCAAACCGGAGUAUUCUGAGGUACACUGACAACUCUUGCAAGGUCUGGAGCGAGGCGGAGCUGCCUCAGAAUGGAUGCCCGGCUGGAAUAGCGGUUGAUGCAUCAUCAGGUAAUGCUUACGUCGCUGACUCUCAGAAUCGCUGUAUCAGGGUUUAUGAUGCGGAUGGUAGAUACUGUCGUUCUUUUGGUUCGGACCAUCUCCAAUCGCCCUGGUUCCUGGACUUCAACUCCGAAGGGCAUAUCUUUGUGACGGACAACCUGGCAGGGUUGAAGAUCUUUGCAAAGGACGGCAAGUUCGUUAAGAAACUGGCGAUACGUUCUGAGAACAGGUCUUGGUCCUGCCGCGGGGUGACCAUCGAUCAGUAUGAUAAUAUAUUUGUGACUGCGAGGGCGAAGGGUUCUUUUCGAUUACUCAGCAGAGAAAAGGUCGUGGUCUUUGAUCACACUCAUAGAGUGGUCUCCAGCCUUGGAGGAUUGAUGCAGUUCAACUAUGUGCGAGGUCUUUGCUGCGACUACGGAAACAAUCGCCUUGUCGUAGUGGAUGGGGAAUGGCAUCGGCUUCAACUCUAUAAACUUUACAAUAAAAAACAAUCAGCCCUAAGACAACAUUCAGUUCUUGUAGACUCACCCAGAGACGAAGGAGACCAAGCUCUAAAGGAACAUGGCGGUGAUUGCGAUGACGAAAUGGAUGAAGGCUUCGUCAUAGUGAGUUCAUGCGAUUGCCAAGCCGAUAUUGACGACGGUGAUGUUGACGACCCUGAAACACGAAUGGACGAUUACGACUAUGACUACAGCCACCUUGAACUCUUCAGAGAAGAAAACUAUAACAUUGCGUCUCUCAAUUUGCAACCCGAAUCCGUAGAGUAGAUAUUUGUCAUAAUUAUAAACAAUUAAAGGAUAUGACUUUGAUAUAAAUCGUUUUCAAAGAAGACUACACUGCGGG